CGGAGAUGGAUGCUGCCUGCUGCAGCUCGUGAGCUUCUGUUGAGCUGACGCUUGUUGUUCCUGCCGCAGCUCGUGCUGCCAUUUCCAGACGGUCAUCUCCGACUAGCCGUUCGCGAUCACCGUCUCGUGCUUAACAGUGCGGCGAACACAGAUCCCCGCCGCUUUGGGUUCCUUCAACAAACGCGACCAUAAAAAGGACGGACACUGUCAUCCAGCGAUACCCACCGUAGACCGUCUCUGUCUCCCGGAGUAGCCGGGGAGAGGGGGUCCAGCGCCAGCCGCAGCAUGAGCAUGGACCCCCUGGCCAAGCCCUGCCCGUCCCAGGCGGAGCACACCCCCGGGACCUUCAGCGGCCGGCUGACGGCGCUGGAAGCUGCCGGGGAGGACAGCGAGUCCGGCUGCGGCGAAGAGGAGGCCAUGGGGGGCAGCGAUACGUUCACUAGCCUCGUCGAGAUGGAGGUGGAGACGCUGGAGGAGAAAUUAAAGGGUCUGGCUUUUAGGAAACAGACUUCGUAUAGGAAAGCCAUCUCGCGGUCGGGUCUCCAGCACUUGGCCCCGGUCCACAAAUCCAUGCCCCCCAUCACUAACGGACCGUCCAAGGAGAUACGCACGUCCGUUGACUGGACAGAGACUGCUGGGAACGGAGACCACCUGUGGCUGGAGACCAGUUGUUCUGGAGAGCUGUGCUACCUUGGAGAAGACACCUGUGUACUGAAGACUGCAAAGUCUGCCCCCAGGAGGAAGUGCGGAGCGUGUAAGAUCGUGGUCCACACCGCCUGCAUCGAGCAGCUCGACAAGAUUAACUUCCGCUGUAAACCAACGUUUAGAGAAGGAGGCUCUCGCUGCCUCAGAGAUAAUAUGUUGAGGCAUCACUGGGUGCACCGGCGCCGCCAAGAGGGGAAAUGCAGACAGUGUGGGAAGAGCUUCCAGCAGAAGUUCUUCCACAGUAAAGAGAUUGUGGCCAUCAGCUGCUCCUGGUGCAAACAAGCUUUCCAUAACAAGGUGACGUGUUUCCAGCUACAUCAGAUUGAGGAGCCCUGUUCACUGGGGGCUCACGCCGGGGUCAUCGUCCCCCCCUCCUGGAUCAUCAAAGUCAGGAAGCCACAGAGCUCAUUCAAAAACUCUACAAGGAGGAAAAAACGCACAUCAUUCAAAAGAAGGACCAGUAAGAGAGGAACUGACGAGUCAAAGUGGCGCCCGUUCAUGCUGAAGCCCCUUCCCUCCCCUCUGAUGAAACCUGUUCUAGUCUUUGUCAACCCCAAGAGUGGAGGCAACCAGGGUACUAAGGUGUUACAGAUGUUUAUGUGGAUCCUGAACCCUCGCCAGGUGUUUGAUCUCUCCCAGGGAGGGCUCAGAGAGGCGUUGGAGUUGUACAGGAAAGUGCCAAACCUGCGUAUUCUGGCCUGUGGAGGAGACGGGACGGUGGGGUGGAUCCUGUCUGCUCUGGAUGAGUUAGGAAUGACCCCCCAUCCGCCUGUAGCUGUACUUCCUCUGGGGACAGGAAAUGACCUCGCCAGGACUCUCAACUGGGGAGGGGGUUAUACAGACGAGCCGGUGUCCAAGGUACUGUGUCAGGUGGAGGAUGGCUCUGUGGUGCAGCUAGACCGAUGGAACCUUCAGGUGGAGAGAAGCCCCGCCCAGCCGGAGGAGGGCACACAGAAGCUCCCACUGAACGUGUUCAACAACUACUUCAGCCUGGGCUUCGACGCCAACGUCACACUGGAGUUCCACGAAUCCAGAGAAGCCAACCCUGAGAAGUUCAACAGUCGCUUUCGCAACAAGAUGUUCUAUGCAGGGGCUGCGUUCUCAGACUUCCUCCAGAGGAGCUCCAGGGAUUUGUCUAAACACGUUAGAGUGGUGUGUGACGGGACGGAUCUCACUGCUAAGAUCCAGGAGCAGAAGUUCCAGUGCAUCGUCUUCUUAAACAUCCCCAGGUACUGUGCGGGCACCAUGCCGUGGGGGAACACAGGAGACCACCGGGACUUUGAGCCUCAGCGCCAUGACGACGGCUGUAUUGAAGUCAUCGGCUUCACCAUGUCCUCCCUUGCGGCACUGCAGGUAGGAGGUCAUGGUGAGAGGCUGCACCAGUGUAGAGAGGUGACUCUGACCACCUUUAAGACCAUCGCUGUACAGGUGGAUGGAGAGCCGUGUCGCUUGGCCCCCUCAACCCUCCGGAUCUCCCUACGCAACCAGGCCAACAUGGUACAGAAGAGCAAGAGACGCACCUCAGUACCCCUGCUCAAUGACCCCCAUGCUGUCCCAGAGCGCCUCCGCCUCAGAGUCAACCGGAUCAGUCUGCAGGACCACGACAGGCUACAGUUCGACAAGGAACGACUCCGAGACAUCUCGAUCGCCGUGGGGAUUGUGGUGGUGAGAGGGGACUGUGACCUGGAGACCUGCAGACUCUACAUAGACAGGCUACAGGAGGAUCUUCAUCAGGCUCCAUCUGCUGGCCACCGAGUGCAUUACCAGGAUGAGUGUCGAGGUCUACCGCGACCUGGCUCCGCCCACAGGCUGUCCCCCAACUGGAGCUUCCUGGACUCUACGUCCACAGACCGUUUCUACCGCAUAGACAAGGCCCAGGAGCACCUGCACUAUGUGACGGAAAUCUGCCAGGAAGAGGUGUUUAUCCUGGACCACGAUGGACUAGCGGGGGCACCGGCCACAGGCAUGCCUGACCUGGUGGUGGAGCCCAACUCUGGGAGCCCUCUGACGUCUGAGGAACAAGCACUGCUGACGGCUGCCUCCUCUGGGGACCUGACUACGUUGUCGGGCAGCUUCUUUCGCGGGACCAGCCUCCUGGUGAGGGAUUCUACUGGUUGUAGUGCACUACACCUGGCCUCUCAGCACGGACACACUGAAGUGGUCCGCUUCAUACUGGAGCACGGGUCAAAGGUGCUCCUGGAUUUAACCAACAGAGAAACAGGAGAUACUGCCUUGCACAAAGCGGCCUCUCGGAAGCAUCACGCUGUGUGUCGUCUUCUCAUGGACUCCGGAGCUUCCCUCAUCAAGACCAACUUCAAGGGUAAGACCCCAGUAGAACAAGCUCGUGAUGCGGGGGACCAAGAGCUGGCCUCCUACCUGACCAGCAAACAGCUCCCUACCACUGUCUCCCACGAAGAUCUAGAGACUGCUGUAUGAGAGAGAGAGAAGAGAAGAGAAGAGAAGAGAAGAGAAGAGAAGAGAGAGAGAGAAGACUUCACAUGGAGAGAGGGGAGGACAGAGAGAAGAGGAUGAGAGAUGGAGGAGAGAGGUAAGCCCCCUUCACCUCCAUAGAUUGACUGAGGGAUGGACAGAUGGAUGGACAGACAGGAGCAGCCUGACGCGCUUUAGACUCUGUUCUAUCCUGCACAGGAAAAUGUUUCAUCGAAAUUAUUGUUUAUUAUUGCUUUUAUUUAUUUAUUGAUUGAUUGUAAACGUAUGGGAGUGUUGGGGUAUGGAGUUGCCUGUUGUUCACUGAAUGCCACGGUCUGGGCUAGGUUAGGGUUCAGGGGGUUAGGGGUCGCAGACACACAGACCCUCUCUCAGUGCGGCCCUGCAGCCUUACAUACUGUACCAACGCGGUUCAACCACGGUUAAACCGCGUACAUAGUUUCAAUGUAUGUAUUUCCCAGAAGGCCUUUGUGAAUCAUUCAGACGUGUGCCAACGACACGCAGCACUGUGAGGCAGGGACAGCACCCAGCACCCUCCAUACUACUACCACUGCUACAUUAGGAUACCACUACUGCUAUCCCAACAACACUGCUAGGCUUGUAGACAACCAAUUCUAAGCCUCCACAACCCCCCCUGGAGGCCAGUAUGGGACUGAGAUGAGUGGACAGACAGCUAGGCAGACAAAGAAAAGAGAGACGGACUGAUUCUUCAUGCAGCCCCGGGGACCCAUUACACAUCCAACCUAGAGCUCUACCCGAGCAGCAUGUACAUACCUACAGAAUGUGUGUUUGUGUGUGUGUGUGUGUGUGUUUGUGUGUUCAGUUCUUUUAGACUUGCGUGUGCGUGCAUAUGCGUGUUUGUGUGAUGCAGAGACAGAGGGGGAGUGUGUGUGUGUGUGUGUGUGUGUGUGCGUGUGCGUGUGUGUAUGUGUGAUGCAGAGACAGAGGGGGAGUGUGUGUGUGUGUUUGUGUGUUCAGUUCUUUUAGACUUGCGUGUGCGUGCAUAUGCGUGUUUGUGUGAUGCAGAGACAGAGGGGGAGUGUGUGUGUGGGGGGGGGGGCUGCUUGAGAGAGAAUAGUAAAAAAAAAAAAUCUGAGCCAUAUUCAAUGCAAUAUGAAUGAAUGAUUUUUGUGCAUUUCCCUAUUCAUGUUUACAUUACAUUAAUGUUUUAACAGUGCUUUAUGGCACCAAGGAGUGUUGAAUGUGCAAUUUCUUACCGUGCUGAUGUGUGUGUGGCUGUGUUUCUGUUGUUGUGGACACCUCAAAGAGGUGGGUUUAGUUUGGUUGACUUUAUAUGAUUUAAACACUAAAACUACUGUUAGGUAUUGUAAAAACAGCUGUAAUGUGUUAAGAUGACUGUUCUGAAAACCAAGACAGAUGUACUUUAGUACUUGACCUUGUUUUAUUUAUUCCGCGUCUACCAGUGGUCGAAUAUGACCUGGGAAAUUGAAAUGUUUUUAUGUUGUUCUGCCUCCCUCCAUCCCCCACUACCCUGCCUGGACGUGCUUAGCGCCAUAAACCAUAGAGAUAGACUGAGGAAUCUAAAUGAAUAUAACCCAUUUUAGCACAUGGACAUUUCCAUUAAGUUUUCAACCAUUUUAUUUUAGUCAACUGGGUGGGGAUUCCUAUGGUUGGGACUUUCAGCCAAUGAUCCGAGCAUUGUCUUCCACUUCUUCAAAUUGGGUUGCCUAUGGUUUGCAAAUGGCAUUAAGAUAUAUUACUGCCAUCUAGUGGCCACAAUAAAUAAACGACACACAAGAUUUUGUUCAGGAUUCUAGAACUGCAGGUGGUGGUAAAUCAGCUUUUGGCUUUUUUUUCAAAUACAAAUUGAGAAGAAAAUUGACUACUCUAAAAUGGAGAUGCCCAUGCAGUCACAUAUGCCAUUUUGGCACAGCUACAAAGAUGAGUCCUCUAUCUAUCUCUAUGAGACAAACAUCCAUGAUUUAUGAUUAUUGUGAAUAAAUUGGAUAUGAUUUUGUAUUAUUUUGUGUUCUUUAUUAUUCAACAUUGUUGUGCAUGCCAUUUUCCUUCCCUCCGUAGAAGUUGCUACCACAUAAUAAUGGCAUCACAAAGUGGCAUUAUUAUUAUUAUGUUAUUAUAAUUGUUAAGAUUUGGUUUGACAUGUUUAAUGGUUCUACUUAUGCUUUUGUAUUUUUCAGACCAUGGAAUUACUUGAAUGUUGUUGUUUAUUUUGUAUUCUCUAAAAGUCGUAUAGUGCUGCCUCUCACAACGUUUCCUGUGUUUUGAUUGGUCAUUGACGUGAUGUCACAGUGAGGUCACAGUAAAUGAGGGCCUGUGAGGAGAGUCUCUUGAAGUCUCCCGACGUUCUUAGUGUCUGUGAAGAUGAAUUUGAACACUAGGUGUGGUUAAAUAUCAAGGCAGCCUGCCCCUAACCCUAGGGAAUAACCUUAGAGAACAUAAUAAGAGAACCUAGUGGGAAUGCUGUAUAUUCAGUCUACUGAGAGACCUUAUCAGUAGUCAGUUAGUCUCCGCAGUGUGCCUGUUAGAUAACCUGUAAUUAUAAUGAUUCAGACCGGUGUCUGUGUCAAAUACUCGAGGUGUGCUUUGCUUGUCUGGUACAAUGGAACCAAUAGAAUAGUAGCAAAAGUGCAAACUCCACACAACCUGCAUGCUAGUCAAGCCAAAUGAAGUGCACCUCAAGUAUUUAACGAAUCGGACCUAGGUCUGACCUUUAACCUCUUAUAACCCAGUAAUAACCAGUACUACAGGGCAUUGAUAAGGCCGGUACAGACAUGGAGAGCAAUAGCUGCUGGUCAUACUGGGUACUACUACUUCUAGAUUUCUUUAGCUUCUUAUGAGUUUACACUGAUUUCCCUCAAUCCCCAUUUUCCCCCACAGGGAUUGGUUAGUGCCAUAUUGAGUCUUUCGAUGUUACAGUAACAAAGAUGUUGCAGAUGUUACAAGGACUUUCUGAAAUAAUCGGACCUCAAACCAAAAACACUCUUCUCCCACAGAUAUCUUCCAACGGGGACUUAAAAGGUUUUCAUCCAAAAUCACUGUUGUUCAACUGUUAAAUGUUCUGCAAGUUAUUUUGGGAAAUAAAAUGACGUUUGAGAGGCAUAUAAAGCAUGCCGGGGUGUACAAUUGUAACAUCUGAAUAAUCGUAUCAUUUUAGAAGAAGAUUAAAGUUUUCAUUGAAACAU